GCCCACAAGCAGGAACGCCCCGAUUUGCGUGCUGCAAUUGCAUACUAGUACACUAGGUUGGAGAGGCGCUUGUUCACUCCCAGGAUAGAUGAUUCGAGCCUAAUUCUGGGCUGGACAGGAAACAGGAGACGCAUAGCGUGCCUCACGCAACAAUCCCGAGAAAGAGAACGAGGAUGGGAGUAUGUAUGUGUUUGCAUGCCGAGCUGUUAGUUCAAAAAAUAUGAGGACAACGGGCACUACAAUUCUCUCAAUUGAUUCACAGAAGCGUGUUAUUUCGACCAUUACUGCCUUUGGUUUUCAUCAUCCAUUGGGGUGAACACAGAAGAGGAGCCGCUGUUAAAUCCCAAUUUGACUACAUAAAAGCUUGGUCCUGACUUGGCUUCAUUUGACCUCCUUUGACCUGAUUGGGACGAAGGGAGAGACACACCAGAGAUGGCAGAUAUGUCUGACGACGAGCUGGACCACGGGGGAGUGGAGGAAGACAGUGAUAAGGAAGACCAGGACCUGGACAAAAUGUUUGGAGCCUGGUUGGGAGAGCUGGACAAACUCACACAGAGCCUGGAUGACGGGAAGCCACAGAAACCAGUCCAGAAGGCCCCUCUCAGACAGGAAACCAACAUGGCUAACUUUUCGUACCGCUUCUCCAUGUACAACAUCAAUGAGGCUCUGAACCAGACGACGGAGACCGUAGACCUGGAUGCCCUGAUGGCUGACCUGUGUUCCAUAGAACAAGAGCUCAGCACCAUCGGCAAGCCCAACACCGGCACCGCCCGCCAGGCUAAAUGUCAGCAGCGAGGCCUGGGGGGUCGCGGUGCCAGUGCCAAGCAGACUGCCAGCGGUGGAGGGGGUAGCAGCGGGGGCAGCACCAGCAGUAGUACCCGGGCGUCACCGGCCUCCACCGUCCGAGGGGGCAGCUCCAACUCCCACGGGCGCCCGUCGGCGUCGAACCUCUCGCUGGACGACAUCACGGCCCAGCUGGAGCAGGCGUCGCUCAGCAUGGAAGAGGCGGCGCACCAGACUUCGUCCUCCUACUCCUCUGCCACCCUCCGGCGCCCCUCUGCGGGUUCCUCGCCCUCGCAGCACCGGAGGACGGGCUCAGUGGGCGCGGUCAGUGAACACGAGGCGGGGGGCCACUCCUCGAGGUCCAGCGUUAAUUCUGCGUCCGCGUCCAGCAUGGACUCUCUGGACAUCGACAAGGUGCUGUCUCGGACAGCAGGAGGGGCCGAGCAGGACGGGGAGUCCCAAGGGAGUCCCCAGCCACCACAGGUCGCGGCCAGCACCGAGCAUGCCUCACUACUGCGACGGGCCAAUGGUAAGCCGGCCAGACGGCAGCUUGACUUCACCUCACGGGAGGGUGAAGUGGAUCUGGACACUCACUCCUAUCUGGACAGAGAAACGUCCCUCAUUCUGAAAAGCAUUGCAGGAAAGCCUUCUCACCUGCUGACCAAGGAGGAGCAGGGGGCCAAAGUGAAGGCCGAGAAGAUCCGAGUGGCCCUGGAGAAGAUCAAGGAGGCGCAAGUCAAAAAGCUGGUGAUCCGGGUGCACAUGUCGGACGAGAGCUCCAAGACCAUGAUGGUGGAUGAGAGACAGACUGUUAGACAGGUGCUGGACAGCCUGCUGGACAAGUCCCACUGUGGCUACAGCCCCGACUGGUCACUGGUGGAGACCAUCAACGAGCUGCAAAUGGAGCGGAUCUUUGAGGACCAUGAGAACUUGGUGGAGAACCUACUGAAUUGGACCAGAGACAGCCAUAACAAACUGAUGUUCAUCGAGCGCAUCGAGAAAUAUGCCCUCUUCAAGAACCCCCAGAACUACUUGUUGGGGAGGAAGGAGACUUCUGAAAUGGCCGAUAGGAAUAAAGAGGCCCUACUAGAGGAGUGUUUCUGUGGCAGCUCAGUGUCAGUACCAGAAAUAGAGGGAAUCCUCUGGCUGAAGGAUGAUGGGAAGAAGUCGUGGAAGAAGCGAUACUUCCUGCUGCGUGCAUCAGGAAUCUACUACGUGCCGAAAGGCAAAGCUAAGGCCUCCAGGGACCUGGUAUGCUUUCUACAGCUGGACCACGUUAAUGUGUACUACGGCCAAGACUACCGCAGCAAGUACAAGGCCCCCACAGACUACUGCCUGGCCCUUAAGCACCCCCAGAUCCAGAAGAAGUCCCAGUACAUCAAGUAUCUGUGCUGUGACGACGUCAGGACCCUCCACCAAUGGUUCAACGGCAUUCGCAUCGCCAAGUACGGGAAACAGCUGUAUGUGAACUACCAGGAGGCCAUGAAGCGCACAGAGGCGGCCCACGACUGGUCCUCCCUCUCCACCUCCAGCAUCCGCUCCAGCUCCGGCUCCGGCUCAGCCAGUCUGCCCGAGUCCCAGUCGAACCACUCGGGCCAGUCAGACAGUGGAGUGGACACGGCCUCCAGCCACGGGCGCUCCCAGAGCGUGGUCAGCUCCAUUUUCUCUGAGGCCUGGAAGAGAGGAACACAGAUGGAGGAGAACACCAGGAUGAGGGAGUCCACCCGAGGCGCCACCCUCCCUCACCCUGCCCACACGCACCGCCAGACCCCACAACUGGAGCCCCCUGCGUUGGCUGUGCCACAACAGCAGCCGCCUCCCCAGACUCGCAGCAGCUACACCCACUCUCUACCCCCCAAGCCACAGGGGGGUACCUCCCCCCCACUUCAACAGCAACUGCCCCCCCAGAUCCGCAGCAGUUACACCCAGGUCUUGCCUACCCUGCCCCAACAGCCCUCCCCUCCACCGCCCCAACAGCCCUCCCCUCCACCGCCCCCAGCAGCCCUCCCCUCCACCGCCCCAGCAGCCCUCCCCUCCACCGCCCCAGCAGCCCUCCCUCCACCGCCCCAGCAGCCCUCCCCUCCACCGCCCCAGCAGCCCUCCCUCCACCGCCCCAGCAGCCCUCCCUCCACCGCCCCAGCAGCCCUCCCUCCACCGCUCCAACAGCUACCCCCCACAUCCGCAGCAGUUACACCCAGGUCUUGCCUACCCUGCACCAACAGCCCUUCCCUCCACCGCCCCAACAACCCUUCCCUCCACCGCCCCAACAGCUGCCCCCAGAUCCGCAGCAGUUACACCCAGGUCUUGCCUUCCCUGCCCUUCCCUCCACCGCCCCAACAGCCCUUCCCUCCACCGCCCCAACAGCCCUUCCCUCCACCGCCCCAACAGCCCUUCCCUCCACCGCCCCAACAGUCCUUCCCUCCACCGCCCCAACAGUCCUUCCCUCCACCGCCCCAACAGCCCUUCCCUCCACCGCCCCAACAGCCCUUCCCUCCACCGCCCCAACAGCCCUUCCCUCCACCGCCCCAACAGCCCUUCCCUCCACCGCCCCAACAGCCCUUCCCUCCACCGCCCCAACAGCCCUUCCCUCCACCGCCCCAACAGCCCUUCCCUCCACCGCCCCAACAGCCCUUCCCUCCACCGCCCCAACAGCCCUUCCCUCCACCGCCCCAACAGCCCUUCCCUCCACCGCCCCAACAGCUGCCUCCCCAGAUCCGCAGUAGUUACACCCAGGCCUUGCCCUCCCUGCCGCCCCAGCCCUCUCCUCCACCACCACCCCCCAGCUCUCUCCACCACCCCCAGCUCUCUCCACCACCCCCCAGCUCUCUCCACCACCCCCCAGCUCUCUCCACCACCUCCCCAGCUCUCUCCUCCACCACCCCAACAGCUGUCCCCACAGCCCUACAGCAGCUACAACCAAGCUGUGCCCCGCCACCCCCUCCCCCGCCACCACCCCUCCCCCACCUCCCCUGCCUGCCAGCAGCACCCUCACCCUCGGGCCCCACAGUGUUCGCCAAGUACAGCACCAUCACCCGGCUGCAGAACCAGAACGCUGCCCACCAGGCCGCCAAUCACCACAGGGCGCAAAACAACCACCAGAGCCCACCCAGGGCGUCAGCUCAAGCCCCGGCUUGUCCCAAUCAGACGGCUGUCAAACCGCUGGUCAACAACAUCAAUGUCCCGCCUCCCCCGCCGCCCCCUCCCCCGCCCUCCAUGCCCGCUCUGGGGUCGGCCAUGGCCGCACUCCGGCUCGGUUCCCCCAGCCCGGCCGUCCUGCCCCAGUUCAUCCCACCACCGCCGGAGAGCAACGACAUCCCCCUCCCCUCCUCCUCCACCGCCCCCAGACCCGAUGCCAGGUCUGUGCCCAUUGCCCUACGGCGCCAACGCCCUCCAGCAGGCACUGGCCCAGAAGUUCCCCAACGGUCCCACCCAGGGCCUCUUUCCCCCGCUGCCAGACUGGUAGAGUCGCCUCCGGCACCGCCUCCUCCCCCGCCACCUCCCCUCCUACCCCACCGCCUCCCCAGAAGCUCUCUGUGCCUCCCCCACCUCCUCCUCCCCCACCUCCUCCCCCACCUCCUCCUCCCCCAACUCCUCAGCAGCAGUACUCGCCCGCAGCUGCUCCCCCCUGCCCUACCCAAAACCUUCUCCCCAGGCUUUCUGCUCCACCACGGUGCCCGGAAGCCUCUAUACCCUGUUUCCCCUCUCCCCCGCCCCACCUGCUGCCCCUACUCCUCCCCCACCCCCGCCCCCUCCUCCUCCGGUGUCAAUGAAGAAGCAGCACAGCCUCCAGGUAGUCCACACUCCCAACCAGCCCCCUCCCACAUUUCCCAAGCAGCACAGCCUCUCCAAGCCGCCACCCAUGUCAUUCACGGCUCCGCCCACCACUACCUCCCUGGUCAAACAGAUGGCAAGUCAGUUCCCAGGGUCCACACUGUCAACCAAUCAACUUGAGAGCCCCAAAGCCCCCCUUUCCCCUCCUGCGGUGAAGGCCAAACCAAGAUGGCAGCCAGGCUGUGGACAGGCCCAGCAACAGGCCUCUGAGAUCCCUCCACCCGCUUCUGAGAGCAGCCUGUCUUUCCCUCCUCCUCCCC